GCGACAUUUGAGGACAGGCUCCUCCCAGCGAGAAACCUUCGGCCGCCGCUUGCGUCGGAUAAUAGGCAAGUUGGGCGUAAUUAUGCAGCUGUGGUCUCAGAGUCUGCAUCGGACGCGUCCAGGCCAGCUGAAGGAAACGUGCCUCAAACGUCUGCACAACCCGGGCCCAGUACAGCACAGAGACCAGUUGGGUCCAAUCGGACACAGGGGGCAAAAGAAGGGACAUCUACUUCAACUUCUACACCCUCCAAAGGGGUUCAAGAGAAGAAGAAGAAAAGGAAGAAAAAGAAGAAGUAUAAGAAAAAGGAUGGACACCUGCCCGCUACGAACCAGGAGCAGCGGCAGUCUCAGAUGUCAGCGUCGGAAUGGACAAAAGUGGGUCGCAAACAGCAACUCGACCCGAAAAGCCGUGCCAGCAAACUCCGCCCCCCUGGAUCAUCAGCGGUGCUCUUGACGCUAAAGCCGGGAGUUGAGGAAAGCGGUACAACUUAUGCGAAGGUAAUCACCUUUGCAAAGGAGAAAAUCAAUGCGGCGGAUAUCGGAGCUCACGAAGUCAGACUUCGAAAGGCUGCAACAGGAGGCCGCCUAUUUGAAUUCCCUGGAGCCUCCAGUGCUGAUAAAGCGGACUUGCUAGCUAACAAGCUUAGGGAGGUCUUAGGUGAUGAGUUUGUCACGGUCUCCAGACCUAUAAAAUCUGUAGAUCUGCGAGUUACUGGCUUGGAUGACUCCGUAACUAGUGCUGAGGUGAUUGCCGCAGUUGCGUCAGUGGGAGGAUGUCCAGCUGAUCAAGUACGGGCUGGCGUUGUGGUAAGCGGUUACGAUGGACUGGGUGCAGUUUUAGUGCACUGUCCCGUAGCUGCCGCUAAAAAGAUUGUAGCAGGAGGAAGGCUUCUUGUGGGCUGGGUGUCCGCUCAAGUCAAACUGUUGGAUGCCCGACCCCUCAUGUGCUACAGAUGUCUUGCUCCGGGCCAUGUAGGUGUUCAGUGCAAAGAAGGCAUUGACCGCAGUGGGUUGUGCUACCGCUGUGGCCAACCUGGUCAUAAGUCUCGUGGGUGCUCCGCUGCGCCAUACUGCGUAGUAUGUGCAGCUGCGGGUAAGUCAGCCGAACAUCGCGUGGGAGGCAGAAUUUGUCUUUCCACAUCGAAUAAGAAGAAGAGGGGAGGCAAUAUAGAUCUGAGAAGCAAACAGUCUUCGUCUUUACCGCAGCAAACUGUAGGGCCAGAGGAGGUUCCAAUGACUGAAGAUUAGUUAUGGAUCUGAACCUCCUCCAGGCAAACAUCAAUCACUGCGCCAGAGCUCAGGACCUUCUAUUCCAGAGCAUGGCGGAGUGGUCGAUUCACGUAGCUGUUGUGUCCGAGCCUUACUACGUCCCAUCUGGGGUCGAUUGGGUGGGGGAUCGAGACGGAUUGGUAGCCAUAACGUCCCGGUCCAUCGAA